AUGACAGGCAAGAAGAAACAUUCUAGUAGCGUGUUUCGGAUAGUCAGAGGGUUCGGCGCAGCGCUACUGCUCGUUCUCGUCUUAAAGCCCAUCGUGCCGUGCCUAUGGUCGCGCGAGCCCGGGAUCUGUCCAAUCCUCGAGAUCCCGUCCCUCGCGCGGCGAGAGAUCAAGGAGGCCGCUGACGCCGGCAAACUGGAGUCACGAGUUUCAGUCUCGGAGAGCGCGAGCAGCAUUUCGGAAACGGUUAAGAGCGAUGCAGGGAAGCAGGAGGAGCCGCAGGUGGCUGAUGCAGCAGCAGCAGCGGAGAAUGGCAGGGAGUUAGCUGCUGCUAAGCUCGCCUUAUCCGCUGAGCUAGAUUUACCAAAUAACGGGGAUAAUUUAUCAUCGCAAACGAGAAGCUCGCGUGUAGAGGAGGAGGAGGAGGAAGAGUCGCUGACGUCAGCUGUCGAGUCGAUGUCGGAAGACGACAAGGAGCGCGAGGUGAAGUCGUUGUGGCGCUGCCAGGGCGGAUCUGGUGCCGCCGACUGCUCUGAACCGCAGGCGCUCUUGCUGGCCGAGGGCGCGCUGGCGGAGCGUGUACACGCGGUGUGCGCGGCGUAUGCGCUGACGGCGCUCACCAGCGCGCCCACGCUCGCCGUGUGGCCCGCCGACCGCCACCUGCCCGCCACCACCUUCCGCCACCUCUUCCGCCCCGCCAGCAGCGUGGCCAUCCCCCCGGGGGACGUGGCGGACAGGGCGGUGAGCGGAGAGGCGCGCGACGUGUGGGUGCGCGACGUGCGCCUGGCCAGCAGCGAGCUCACGGCCCGCCUGCACGCCUCCCAGCAGGUGAUGGUCAAGGAGUGCCCACGAGGCAGCAGGAGGAAAACCAGGCGCAUCCCCCUGCCCUUCCGCCACUACCUCUCCCCCUCCGCUCACUCCAAGCAGGCGUCCGGUGCAGUGAACCUGGACGGGUGCGCGUAUGACAAGCACGUGGACGCGUGUCUGGGGCGCCUGCGCCCCUCCACGGCAGUGGGCGCGCUGGUCAUGGAGGAGGACCUGGCCGCACUCAAGCUCUCCAAAGCUAUCUACGUGUCGAGCCCACCUGCUGGUACCGUCUGCUCUGGCUGUCCCCGUAUGGCCAACUCGUCCGCCCCACUGUGCGCCAUGCGCCGCAUCACCAUGGCCUUCCUGCACGACCCCCACGUGGCGUUCGCCCUCGCCGCCCGCGCCGCCCCCGACGUCACCGCUGUUGGGGACUUCUUCAGCGAGCUGCGCCGCCCGCUCGUGCUCAAGGCCAGCCAAUCGCGGCUGGACACGUGUCAGGAGGGGGGGAGGAGGGAGUUGGCGGAGGGGAAGGGGGUGCUGGGGAGUGAAGUGGGCGGGUCCAGCAUCAAGUGCGCUCAGCUGCAGCGGCCCCACAUCGCUCCAUCCCCAUACGCUCAUAUUCACCGUACAUGGCACUGCUCCUCAAGCCUCCACUCACCCCUCACCCUUCAACCGCUCCUCACCCCUCACCUGCUCCUCAACCCUCAACUGCUCCUCACCCCUCACCUGCUCCUCAACCCUCAACUGCUCCUCACCCCUCACCUGCUCCUCAACCCUCAACUGCUCCUCACCCCUCACCUGCUCCUCAACCCUCAACUGCUCCUCACCCCUCAACUGCUCCUCACCCCUCACCUGCUCCUCAACCCUCAACUGCUCCUCAACCCUCAACUGCUCCUCACCCCUCAACUGCUCCUCAACCCUCAACUGCUCCUCACCCCUCAACCGCUCCCCACCCCUCACCCGCUCCCCACCGCCUCCACCCACAAGUCUGCUGUUUCGUUGGCCUCCCUCUGCUGUUUUCCUCCUGCCCCUCUGCCCCUCCUCUCCCCCUCUCCCUUGUGCUGCACCCAUCCCCCUUCCAUCCCUUUCCCUUGCUACUUCCCACCACUCCAACCCUUCCCCCAUCCCAUGACCCCCUUCCCCCAUUCCCCCCAUUCCCCCCACCUCCCCCCCUUCUCCCACUCUCCCCCCCACCAGGCAGCGGAGCUGUUCGCCCUGAGCUUCGCGAGAGCGCUGGUGCCCAUCCACCGUCUGCUGCUCCUCUCGUGCUUCUUUCCCCUUCUUCCCCCCUUCCCUCCUGCCGCCCUCCUCCUGCCUGUCUCCCACCCUCCCACCAUGUGCCUCCCACCAUGUGCCUCCCACCAUGUGCCGCCUGCCGUGUGCUGCCGUCCAUCUGCGAGACCGAAAGACUGCCGCCCAUCAUUCGCCACCGGUGGUCGUGGUUCACACAGGUGGAAGGUGAGAUGGUCGUGGUUCACUCAUGCGAGCCUGGAAUUUCAUGCCAGCAUGCGCCACCUCAGCAUGCGCCACCUCAGCAUGCGCCACCUCAGCAUGUGCCGUGCUGCUCAGUCUAUGCCAUGCGGGCUAGAUGGAGCGCAGCAUGCCCCCCGGCGCCCCCUCUCUCACCAAUCCCUCAUCCGCCACCUCCCUCCCCCCCCAGCCAUUCCAUUCCCCACCAGAGAAGCACAGGCAGGAGGUGUGCACGGUGCCCCGGAGAAGCUGAAGCUAGUGGUGUGCACGAUGCCCAAGGUGGCGGCCAACUCGUGGCUCAUGUGGCUGCGCGCCAAGCUGGGGCAGCCCGACCCGAAUGACCCCAUCCUCGCCCUCGAUGUGGACAAGGCCGGCUGGCACCUGCUGGGCCGCCACUUCACAGAGAAGGAAGCAGUGAGUUCAUGUGCUCCCAACCCCUUGACUUCUCUGCUUAACUCUGCUGCACCACUUUCAACCCUCAAAUUCGAUGAACGCUUUUCAUGCCAUUUCACCAUUCACACCUCCUUUGCCCUUCCCCUCUCCCCCUCCCCCUCUCUGCAGGUCCGUCUGGUGACCCGCCCAGACUUCUUCCGCUUCACCUUUGUGCGCAACCCCUUCUCACGCGCCCUCUCCGCCUACUCCAACAAGCUUGUGGUCACGGACACGCCCAACAACAAGACGGGCCCGGGGUCCAGAGAGUACUGGAAUGAGCGUUUCUUCCGGUUUGUGCGGCCGCAGUUUGAGCUGCUCAAGGCCGAGGACGACCUCGUGUCAUUCCCCGACUACAUGCGCCUCGUUGCCCUGCUCAAGAAGAACUUCCGCUGGAAGAUGGACCGCCACAUCGCCCCUCAGGUGGACGUGUGUUUCAUGCAGAUGAUAAAGUACGACUUUGUGGGGCGGUUUGAGAAUCUGGAGGAGGAUGCCAAGUAUGUGGUGAACCGAUUCGGAGGCGACCAUCUCGACAUCUUCAACUUCGGCGUCAACGCGCACCAGACCCGCGCCGACACCAAGCUAGUCAAGAAAUACACCAAGGUUAGUUCUGCUGCAGCGGCUGCUGUACGGUCUGGGAGCUUCUGA